AUGGCUUUAUGGAUCUGGAAACUGAGCAUCUGGAGCUGUUUUUGCAUCACCUUAUCCAGAAAUGAGGAACUGAAAUAUUUUCAGAGUGCUACAGAGCUGAAUCAUCUAACAGUGGAUAAUGACACUGGGAUAAUCUAUUUGGGAGUGGUAAAUGCUCUGUAUCAGCUUACAGAAAACCUGGAUGUAAUAAGGUCUGUAGAAACAGGUCCAAGAAAGGACAACAAAAAGUGCACACCUCCCAUUGAUGAAAAUCAGUGUAAAGAGGCAGUAAUGACUGACAAUUACAACAAAUUAUUGUUGCUGAACAAGGUGGAUAAAACAAUUGUGGUGUGUGGAAGCCUUUUUAAGGGAAUCUGUGCCAUCAGAGAUCUAAAAGACAUUAACAAUGUGAAGCAUUACGUAGACAGUAGCGGAGAAAAGUCCUUUGUAGCAAGCAACGAUGAGAAUGUAUCAACUGUGGGACUGAUCACUUCCUUGAAUAACGACCGAGUGCUGUUUGUUGGGAAAGGGAACGGACCAAACGAUAACGGGAUAAUAAUCAGCACUCGGCAGCUCUACGAAAGGGAUGGGAAAGACAUUUUUGAAAUGUAUACAGACUCGGCAGCUGUUAAGUCAGCCUAUCACUCAUCGAGCACACAGCAAUUUGUGGCUGUCUUUGAGGAUAAAAAUUACGUUUAUUUUAUUUUUAAUCAGCAAGAGAAACAGCCCGUCAAUAACCGCACGCUGAUCGCGCGGCUGUGCAAAGACGACGCCCACUAUUAUUCCUACUUCGAGAUGGACUUGGGCUGCAAAGAUGACGAUGGUGCCUAUGACCACUGUCACUCUGCUUACGUCACUACCCCAGGAGAAGAGCUGGCUGAGAGCAUGGCUCAGCAGAGACAAACUACAGAUGCUCUCUCAGAUGACAAAGUUCUCCUCGCACUCUUCAGCAAAGUAAACAAAGACAGCGGCUCUCUCAGAUCUGCCAUGUGUGUGUUUUCCUUGCGGCACAUCAAUGAGAAGAUGGAAAAAAACCGAAACGAUUGCUACACGAAAAAGAAUACCAGCUCAUUUUACAAACUUUUUGCAGCAGAAAACCCGUGUGCAUCACAUGGACUGAAUGCAAGCAAAAAUUUCCCCUGUGGCUCUGAACACUUGCCGUACCUUUUGGGAAGUAAGAAUGGUGUUGUGGAGAAGCCGGUGCUGCAAAAAGAAGGGAUGAAUCUCACAGCUGUCACUGUGGCUGUGGAGAAUGGGCACACCGUGGCCUUCCUGGGCACGUCGGACGGCAAAAUUCUUAAGGUGUUCCUGUCAUCCACUGCAACUGAGUACAGCUCUCUUACUAUUGAACUGAACAAACCCAUAAAGAGUGACCUAGUCCUCGACCAAACCCAGGAAAAUCUGUAUGUGAUGACCACAGACAAGGUGCACCGGCUGCCUGUGCAGGACUGCCACCAGUACUCAGACUGUGAGAAGUGUGCUCAGGCGAGGGACCCGUACUGCGGCUGGUGCGUGAGGGAGGGCAGGUGCACAAAGAAGGCAGACUGUGGAGCAGCCGAUAAGGAGAACCACUGGCUGUGGAGUCCAAGUGGCACAUGCAUGACUAUCAUUAGUGCAGACCCUCUAAAUAUGAGUCGCAGAGCCCCUGCUAAGGUGGAACUGACUGUGAGUCCAUUGCCAGCUUUGACUGAGAGUGACCAGGUUUUGUGUACAUUUGGUGAAACAACGCAUUCGGCUCAGUUAAAAGAAGGGGUUAUUAUCUGUAAUCCACCUGAGAUAAUUCCUCCAACACCAAAAGGCCAAGAUCAUGUUUCAGUUCCACUUCAGCUGACCUUUGGAACGAACAAGAUAUUUUUUGCAUCACAUACUUACCCUUUUUAUGACUGUGAAGAAGCAAUGAAUCUUUUUGAAAAUCAGCCGUGCUAUUCCUGUGCAAGCAAUAGAUGGAAUUGCCAGUGGGACUGGAAGAGACAUAUCUGUGAAGAGUCCUCUUCAAUACAGGAUGUGAUUAAACAAAAUAUGGAAGAAAAAUGCCCACAGUUUCUGAACCCUAACCCUCCAAUAAUACCCAUGGAGUACCGAACAACAGUGUAUUUCGAGGGAAGACAUCUAGAUUAUUAUCAGAAUAAAAAAUUUGUGGUUGGAAAUAGUCAAUUUGAAUUCGAAGCUCCUGUUGAUCAAUCAGACGAAGGAAAAUAUUCAUUCAUGAGUAAAGAGUUCUCCUAUAGUGCAAAUGAGACCCUACGACUUAACUUAUCCAUAAGAACAGAUAAGGUCAAGAUUGACAGCAAACUGAUGGUGACCCUGUACAACUGCUCUUACGGACGAAGUGACUGCAGCUUGUGCCUCGCUGCCAAUGAUGACUACAAGUGUGUCUGGUGUGAAGAAGACGGCAAGCCCAGCAAGUGCGUUUAUGAAAAGCUCUGUCACGCUCCUCCCACCGACACGUGCCCUCAUCCAGAAAUCACUCGU